GGGGGCGAUGCUGGCCGCAUGCUGAUGGAGCGCCAGGGCCCGACACGCCGCGGUGCCGCCUUAUCUGUCCCUGGCAGAAGGGAGGGCUCGGGGCAGCCGCGGCGAAUGCAGAUGAGGGGCUGCCGGAGCCGAAAUACCUGGGCUGACCUGAAAAGAGGAGGAGCCGCCUCCUGCCCGGGUCCUGCUGCCGGGACGGGGGAGCAGAGGCACCGCAGCAGGGUCCCCUCGUGAUGGGGACACUGCCCGUGUCCCCCCAAAGCGCCCACCCGGAGCAGCCCAGGGUCAGCUCACAGAACCAUCUGCAGCCAGGACAGGGCUCCCCUGGCACAAGGGGCUCGUGCUGGAUGCCGUGAGGAGCCCAGCCUGGGAUGAUCUGAGCUCUUCCCACCUCCUCUUUCAUCCUGUGUCACUGGCAGCCACAUCGGGGGUCCUGGCAUUGCUCAUCCCCCUCCGUGUCCCCACCAGGGUACAGGGGCACUCUGGUGGAGCUGACCAGGCUCAGACUCAUCCCAUACUGCAGAGUGAACCCUCUGAAAAGACCACUGGCCCACCCCAGCUCUGCCCUGGCUCUCCACAGCCCCUCCAGCACCAGGGCGGUGCUUGGUGUCCACCAAAGCUCCCCUCCUGUCCAGCCCAGGACAGUGACAGGGACACUUAAGGAGGUGCUGUCACCUACUCCCCAAAACCCUGGCAUGACCUUAAAGCCUGGAGAGGCAAACACAAAGCUGGGGGGCACAUCUUGACCUCCCUGUCACGACACAGCCCCGAGGGACAUGGGCUGAGAUGUCCCCAUCCCCAGGGCUGUGCCCAGAGCCUCGCUCAGGGAUGGGACAGGCAGGGCACAGAAUUUGCAGGAGGGGGCUCUCCCUGUCUCCCCAUUUCGGGGCCACGCUCCCUGACACCCUCAUUAGCAGCACAGAUCAAUGUUUCACUCUUCCUCCUUCAUUAUUUAUGAGUUGGAGCCCUCCCCCUGCUGCGGGAACGCGCGGCUCCCCCCCGGCUCCCUACUCGCGCUUCCUCCCUCCCCGUGAGGUUCCCCUGGAGCCUCGCACAUCCACAGGGAUCCUCAGCCAGCAAGGGAGAGGCCCACGAGUGUUGGCUCUGGGCUCUAAAUCCCAGGGAGGAAGGAGAAACGCAGAGGAUGAGCUUCCUUUCCACCCCUCAGUAUGAGAAUUGUGGCUGCACAAAACCUCGGGGAGGUGCCCCGUGCUUGGGAAGCUCGUUUUGGGUGGUCGGUGCAGCCAGGGGGGGACAGGAGUGGCUGUGCCUGGCUGUGCCGCUGCCUUGGCGUGGCACAAUGUGCUUUCACAGCUUUUCCUUCUGACACCCUGUGAACCCGUGCCAGGGAGAGCCCCAUCCCAAGCUCCAUGUCCCCAUCCCGCUCCGGGGCACGGCAGGCGAGCCCAGAGCCCUGGGCAGCGUGCAUGGGACAGCCUCGAUGAGCUGGAGAGGAUUAAGACCUCUGGACCGUUUCCAUGAGGCUCCAGGGCUGAGCUGGCACUAGGGAGAAUUGAGUUUGACGUGGAGAUCAUGCCGCUGCCUUUUGCAUUGGAUUCUGCAUCCUCUGCCCUGGAAACACCGGGAGCACAGAGAGAGAGCCAGGGAGGGAGCGGGGAGGGUCUGCAGAGUCCCAGCAAACCCCAACCACACUCCUCCUCUCCUCCUUCUCCCAUCUCCAGAGCAGUGCAGGAGCUCCUGUGAUGGAGAACAGAUCCUGCUCCCCACAGCACCCCACUGCUCCCUGCUGAGCCUCCCCACCCUCCUUCUGACCCUGCUGUGCCUUGGUGAACCCCACGAGACACCUCCAGAUCCUGCUGUGCCCCUCAGACUCUGCUAAACCCCAAUGUGUGCCCCUCUGCACCCCCAAAACCUCUCUGCACCCCUGGGCUCCCUGCUCAGCCCUCGCUCCAGCUUGAGGGUGUUGGAGCUCUGCUCCUGCCACCACGAGUGCCUUCUCCCCUUGAAACAAAACCCCUGGUGUGGUUCAAACCUGCCCUCUUGGUGGGUGCUGGGGUGUCCUGCAGCACCCCUGGGAUCCCGGUGGGAUGAGCACGGUAGCUCAGGGGUCCUCAGUCGGGGGCUGCUACUGCUCCUCUGCUCCCUUGGCUCCCAGCCCCACGGGAUCCAGGCUCCAGCCCCUUCCAGGGGACCCCAAAGGCAGCGCUGGCCCCACACGGCCCCAGAGCAGUCACAAGCCCGGAGCCCCGUGGCGAGCGGAGCUCCCCCGUGGCGCAGCGUUAGUGGAUAAUCACGGAGCCGGAGUGAGAAGCAUCUCCAACGCAGCUGGAGAGACCGGGCGCGGGAAUUACUGAUACCAGACAUUUCCUGGAGCUUUUGACAGUUAAUAAACAAACUGCAUGGGUCCAUCUGGCUCUGGAAAAACAACUUGGGGACAGCGUGCAGGCACCAGGCACAGCCACUGGCCCCCGAUAGUCCUGGUUUGGGGCUGGUUCCCAGCAGCAUUCCCAGCCCCAGCAGAUCCCCCACAGUCCCCAACGGAGCCGGUGCAUUUACAAAUUCUGUAAGACACUCGAGUGAUUUAUGCAAAUCACUUUUUAAAGCGGCACACAGGCUCCUAAAUAACUUAUAAGCGUUGGAAACUGCUGGCAUGUAUCCGUUCUUUCCGAGCACUGAUUCACCUCGGGCAUCCCGCUGGUGUUCCCAGGGGCCCGGCUGAGCAUCCUCACCUGGAUCAUCGGCAAACUCCGCCCGGGCUCAUCCCCCUCUCCCGGAUUCUGACCCCCGAGGUUGCCCCGUUUUCCAGACGAAUGGAGCAAAGCCAGCGGGACACGGCACGAGAUAAUCGGAGGUGAUGGAGCAGAGGAGGCGCCGCGCACGGGACCGCAGCCGUUUGCUGCUGGUUCUCGGCUCUCCCGGGAAGCGCAGCGGGUUGGGAGUGCCCCAACUCUGUUGUCUGCUCAGCAGCUCGGAGAUUUUCCCGUAUCACCGUAUUUUGCUCAAAGCAAAUGAUCCAGAAAGCAGCCGUGAGCUGUUUCACCCUCGGGCACGGAGCAGAGAUGCUCAGGCGCUGCUCCUCAGCUGCCUCCUUGUCCCAGCCUCACCCGAACGUUCCCAGAGCCGGUCAGGCAGGACCGGGGAGCCCUGGGCUGUUUGUGGCUUUGCUCACCGCACUGACACGAAGGCGGACGGGAAUUCUUGCGGGAAGCCGGGGUGUUCCUCACUUUGCGGCAGGAUGGUGAUGCCACAGCCCCGGAGCCGUGGGACCAGCACCACCGAGCCCACCACCACUGGUCUCAGCCAAGACGGGGCAGAAGAGGAUCAGGAACAAGAGGGAUGAGAACACAGCCCUGACGUGGCACAGUGAGAGGCCGCCACGUGCCUGCACCUCACAGCCACUUCAUUAAAGCUGUGAAUGGCACAUCCUGAACCUCACAGCUCUGGUGGGAUUACAGGAGAAGGACUUGCGGGAUCAGGAUCAGGCUCAGCCGGUGUCAUUCAGUCCCUGGCUCUGCCCAGGGACCGUGCCCAGCCCAGGCAGCUCCCCCUGCACACCCGGAGGGGUCACGCACCCCCAAAGCUCUGCACACACCCAGGGGGGUCACACACAUCUUGCUCACGUGGAGAUGUCACCCCCCAAAGCACUCUGCACACCCGGAGGGGUCCCACACCCCCAGAGGUGUCACACCAAGAGCUCAGAGCAUCUCAGCUUCACCCUUGACCAAUCCUGUUCCUCUUGCAACGCCUUUUCACACAAAGACUCAUUAACAAAUGAAUUAUUAAUGAUUAUUAAUAAGCUCUAAUGGCAUCUGUGGCUGCUGGAAGAGAUGAGGAGGCUUUCGAGUGGUAUCUGAGUGCAAUGGAGGUGAGGAUUUCACAGCUGAGGACAGGGCACGUGUGUCCCAAGGGAUCCAAAGGCUGGAAGCACAGCCCUGGGCAGCACCAGCAUAUGAGGGGUUCCAAGUCGUUCCCCUCAGCCUCUUUUUGGUGUUUUUCCCAGCUCCAGGCUGGGCAGUAGCAAAAUGCUCUCUGAGGGCUCCAAAGGAGCUGCCCAGGAACCUCCUGGUGCCAUUUUUCCCUCUCUGCCUGAUAUCAAGUGGGGAGAAGCCAGGCUGGAGGGGGCAGAUCCCCUGAGUUUCUGGAGCCACAGAUCUCCACAGGGAGACCAGGGAAUGAACUGUCUCAUGGCCUUUUUGCCUCAGUUUAAUUUCUCUGGCUGAAGCCACCUGUGUUUUAUCGCCUGUGGAGCUUGGCGGGAGCUCCCGAGGCAGCGCUGCAAUUCCCACUCCAGCCAGGGCUCAAGGAGCUCCUCACCGGCUUUUAUUUAUUGAUACAGCCCAGACACUUGGAUAUUAUAACCAAUUAAUUAUUUUUGGAGGGUUUUUUUCUGUAUGGAGGGUUUGGUGUGUUUGCAUCCAGGCUCUCAGCUCAAGGACAGGGCUGGAGCAGGGUGUUCCCACCCACUCUGUGAUUUAUCAGGGAUUUUAAGCCUCUGCUCUCCUGGCAGGGACAGGGAGACCCUUCCAGAGGCACCACAUGCCAGGGCUGUGUGACUGCUCUGCUUGGAUUAGAUUAGAUUUGAAAAGCGUGAUACGUGCGGAGCCGGAGCGAGCACAGCAAGGAAACCAGACCGGAACACCGUGGGUUUUUUCCCCCCUCCAAUAAAAGCGGCGGCUCGAAUCUGCCUGCAUGAACUGUCUGAGCGAUUGUGAAGGAUGUCGGAAAAAAUCGCAACCUGCUUAGGGGUAAUUCGUGAUCCACGGGAAACACGGGAAGGCGUCGGGAUCAGGGUCGGAGGGACAAGCCUGGAUGCACGGGAAUUAGCGACACCUCGGCAGCAUCCUCGGCGUCCUGGCGGAGUCCUGGUGACCCCUGCUCGGCACAAAGGGACUCUGCCAGCGGCUAAAUCACCGGCAAGCUCUCAGCGGUACAAACUGCUUCAAUUACAGGAGCGUAAACAGAUCCUGGAGAGGAGGAUGCGGCGGCCGCGGAGCCGUCACGGCGGAUCACAGCCGAGGCUCCAUGGACACGCUCGGCUGCUCACAGAGCUGCGGGGGGGUCCUGGCUGAGCCCCCCGAGCCAGGGUGGCUGCAGGUGGCCUCAGUGCCCAGGGCAGCAGCACUGGCACCCGGCAGGGCUGGCUGGGAAGAGCCUGCCCAGGAAAGCUUUGAAAGAUUAAUAGAGUUUAAAUGGAAGCGUUUGGAGAGGAGAUAAGGCUCAUCUGAUAUGAAAUCAUAUGGAACAACGGGAUCCAGGGAGGCCCUGGCUCUAUAAUGAAGUCCAGUUCGCACAUUACUCACCAUAAUGUGCUUUUUAUUAAAGUCCUGUGCUGCAGGUGCUGAGUGUGCAGCGGGGAGCGCGGGGCUGGGAUGGAGCAGGGACCUGGAGUGCCGGACCCACCACCAGAAGCAGCCGGGAUGAGGCUUGGAAAAGGCACCUUUGGCUUCCUGGUUCCCACCCCCUGUUUGAUCCGGGGAUGCGGCUCCGGCAUCAGCCGUGCCCGAGGCUGGGGCUGGUGGGCCUGCAGGGACGGGGUGGAGAGGAGGCGGAGGUGGGGAAUAAUACAGAGGAAAAACUCCUUUUUAAUCAUCAAUUUUUCUGCAUUAGAAUGUGACAUGCUAAUCCACUGUGAAGCGUCUAAUCUGGGGGAUAAAGGGCCGGAUAACACAAGCUGCGCCCGGCUUGGCUGGCGGAGCGAGCUGAGGCAAGGUGGCAGCAUCUGAUAAGGGGUGCAGGAUUAGUCCCGGCACAGAUCCCGCCUGCCCGGGCAAUCCCACCUUGCUUGGCUGCCUCUGCUCUGUCUCUCGUCAGGGUCAGGGAGGGAUCUGCAGCCCUGGAGCCGUCCCAGAGCGGCUCAUCCCGCCCGGAGCGGCCGUGGCAGCACUGCCGGUGCCUCCACCACCACCUUGGCAGCUCUGGGAGCUGCAAAGCGCAUCCCUGGGCCAAGACGCGUGGAAAAACCUCAUUUUUCUCCUUUUCGAUUGGCACGCCCGGGUGCGCGGUGGGAGCAGGACAGCCCGGCUGUGGGGUCUCCAUCUGCCCCAAAUGUCCUCCCUCAUCCCAUCCCUUCCCAGCAGCCAGCUCCGACCUCCGGCCACCCCCAGGGAUGUGGUGGGCAGCUCAGCCAGGCUUUGGCAGGGACGGGCAGCGCCCGUCACAAAACCGAGCGGGUCCAGCUCCCGGGGCGCUUUCGGCGACAGCCUCCCCGGGGCUCGGAGACCUGGGAUAACAGAACUUGCAAUGUUGUUUUCUCCUCGCCUCCUCGGGGAUUGGUUUAUCUCUAUGAAUAACUCCAUCCCGGCUUUGAUCUCCUCUGCCAUUAAAGCGUGACAGGCUGUGAAAUGUGCUGUUGCUGCCGUCAAAUCCCGCUCCCGCUUCCCCCCCCGCCGCCUCCGUGCUCCCCCGCUCCGGGAAACCUCCUUUCCCAGGCCCGUGAGGAGCUGCAGAGCAUCGAGCGGGGCCGAACCGCCCCGGGACAGCGGCCAAACACGGCGCUGGAGGCAGGAAAAUCCCAUUUCCUUCUGCCAGCCCACACCUCUCGCUGGGGCGGGGAGGAGGGCGCGGAGCAUCCCCGGGCCCAGCGCCGGGUCGGGUGUGGCGGCAUCAUCCCAGCACCCGCCACGGGGGCUGAUGUCACGGCUAAUUAUAACCUCCCCCGUCCCUCGCCCCCGCCAAAGCUUUACCUGAGAGAGGGUAAAAAUAACUCCCGGCGAGGGAGGAGCUGGAACGAGCCCAAGGACUCCUCCAGCAUCUCCAAAACUCGCACAAACCAGGACGGCACCUCCCUGCCUGCAACACAUUUUGUCCCCGAUCUGGGGGUCAGGACGCGCUCCCCUUGGCUCCGGUGCCACCGUGCUCGAGGCUGCGGCUGUCCCCGGUCACCUUCAGCCCGGCUCGGGUGUCGGUGCUGGGACAGGUGGCGGUAACCGGAGCCGGGUCCUGCUCGUCCUCCCGCCCCACGCGGCUGCUGGGAACCAGCCCCGGCGCUCCCCGCGAGCUGUUUAAGCCGAGCGAAGCAGGUUAAUGGCCCCAGUCGAUGAUGGAAUGUUUUCAUUACAGCAGCUUUCUCACUCUCUCUCCCUGCUGCAAUUGCUCGCAAGAAGAGACAUUAAAGCUCCCCGCGCCCCGGGAGCGGAUCCGCCCCUCGCUCGCACCGUCGGGGACGGGCUGAUGGCCCCGGGCAGCACCGCUCACCUGUCCGAGCCCCGCCGGGGCCAAACAACCCCCUCAGCCUGCAUUUCCUUCAUUCCAUUUCCCUUCUCCUCUCCCUGCUAACAGCCAGGGCACAGGAACCCAGGAGCACCAGGAAUCCCAGCCCAACCCCAGACUGCUCCUACCUGCUCCUGCCUGUCAGAGCAUCCUCCGGUGCCAGUGUGUGUGUGGGAUCAGCCCAGUGUGUUCCCAGACUGCUCCCACAGGGCUGAACCAGCCAAAGUCUUGCAAACCCCCUCCCAGGAGCAGCCCUGGUGCUGUUAUAGCCCUGCCCUGCAGCUUGUCCCCAUCAGACACGGGGCACCUGGGACCUGGCCCCACGUCCUGAUUGUUCCCAGCCACUCAGUCCACCUUCCUGACUCUUUUCCAGGAGGACUUUUCAUCUCAGAUUCUCUGGGAUGUUCCUGACUCUCUUUUCCAGGAGGACUUUUCAUCUCAGAUUCUCUGGGAUGUUCCUGACUCUCUUUUCCAGGAGGACUUUUCAUCUCAGAUUCUCUGGGAUGUUCCUGACUCUCUUUUCCAGGAGGACUUUUCAUCUCAGAUUCUCUGGGAUGCUCCCAAAAGGUGUAACCUUGAUCUUGGCCUGAUGAAAUUUCAUCCUGUGGCGCUGGCGCUCACCCUCAAGGUCAUCCACACUUUCUCCCAGGUCCCCAGCAGCAUCUGCCAGCUCCCCUCUUACACAAGGGCCCUACCGAAGGGAAUAUUGAGCUUGGGGAGCCCAAGGAUGGGACAGCCCUCUGUCACAUCACAGAUCCCUGCUCCUGGUGGGGAUCCCCCAGUGCCUGUCCCACAGGCAUCACCUGCCCAGGAAUCUCAAUAACUGUGCUGGUACCAGAUCAGAUUUUUUUUCUGCGUUCCUGACUGAUUUGUUCUCUCAAUUUGUGGUGUCUGUGUGUGCCGGGAUGUUCUCAGGAACCCUGCAGGGUGCACAGGGGAGGAGACACAGCGGCUGAACUGAGGGCUUGGGGUGAGUCUCUCUCACCCAGGCACCAGCCCAAACCUCCCAUCCAGCCCCUGCACAUCCAAGUGCUGCCAGAUUUAGAUUCUCCCCCUGAGCCGGUGAUGGCGGUGCCGGGAUGGGGCUGGAGAUUGCUCUGUGGUCUCUGGAUGCUUUUAUGAAGUGCUGAGCACAGGAAAACAGCAAACCACGAGAAGGGGCUGCGCUGCUGCAGAGAGGAGACGCCAGCUCCAUCCCAGCAUCCUGCACCAGAGCUGCUCCCUGGGACCCCCAGCCCAGCUGGCUCAGGAUGGAUGCAAUUCCUUGAGGGAAGAGGUGGCUCCCUGUGCCCCACUGGGGUCUGAAGCACGAGGUGACACGUCCAGCACCGACCAGGCUCUGCAGAAGGACUCACUGCCAGCACAGCACCCAAAUCCUGCCCCAAAUCACCAAGACCAGCCCUGCUCGGAGGGGAACUCACAGCACUCGGAACGUCGGACUUGCCGGAUUCUCACGGGCACACGGCAGUGCCCUGAGCACAGGGGGAUGAGCCUGCAGGGAUGGGCAAUGCCAGGGCAGGAGGAGGAAUGCAUCAUAGGAGCCUGAGGACACCACAGCAUCCACCACUGAACCAGGCAUUUUGGGAAAACCUCUGGCUCCAGCUGCCCUGGGGAUGAGUGCACAGAGCCUGGCAUAUGGUGGCUCUGGAGACAGCCGGGGACCCAGCAGGGAGAGCCUGGGCCUGGCUGGAGCGGCCGCUUGGGCUGCCAGGGCCAGACCACGCAAGGAUGGAGGGCACGGUGUGGGGACCUGCACACCUGCACACCCCGUGUGCCCCUCGGGAGCCCGUCGGGCCCCCAGGCAGUGCUGGGAGCUCCCACGGCACUUCUGGAGCCGGUGAUGUCUCUGCUCUGUCCUGGCAGCCGGAGCCGGCCGGUCCCAGGGGGCCCGGGGAGCCCGCGGAACCGCCCCUCGCUCCUCCUCCCCUCCUGCUGCUCCUGAUAUACCCUCCUGGCUCCGGCCGCUCCGAGCAUCCCUCUGCUCCUCUCCCUCACUCCCGCUCACCUCAUUCCUUUUCCCUUCUCCAUUUCUCCUCUCCUUCCCCCUCCCCUGCUCUCUCCACCGAGGAACUGACUGAAGACCCCCAGGCUGGGCCAGGGCAGGGGCCAGGACCCCCACACCAGAGCCAGGACUCCACACUACAGCUGGGACCCCCAGGCUGGGCAAUGCCUCUCCAGAUAUUCUGCACCAUCUCCUUCUCCAGUGAGGAAGAAGCAGAAGAUGCUGCAGCCACUGGGAAGGGAGAAGAUGCAGCAGAUGAGUUCCUGUAUGGGCAGGAGGAGGAUGAAGAUGAUGAGGAGGACACAGGGGCGACCACAGACUUCGUGGCCUUUGCCAGCAGCUGCACCCUGCACGGGCUGAGCCACAUCUUCGUGGAAGGCAGUCUGGGCGCCCGGCAGGCGCUGUGGGCGCUGGCCUUCCUCCUCUCCCUCUCCGUCUUCCUCUACCAGGUGGCCGACCGCAUCGCCUACUACCUGGAGUACCACCACGUCACGCUGCUCAGCGAGGAGGACAGCCCCGAGAUGAUCUUCCCUGCCGUCACCUUCUGCAACAUCAACCGUGUGCGGCUCUCGCAGCUCAGCCACCAGGACUUGCUCUACCUGGCUCCCCUGGUCGACUACGAGCCUGGGAUGGAGCUGGGCUUCACCCCGGCCCAGCCCGACCCCUGGGAGGAGGACGAGCCCCUAAAUUUGUACGGGUUUUUUAACCGCACUUGCCACCAGCUGGAGGACAUGCUGCUGAGCUGCAGCUACCGCGGCCAGCGCUGCGGCCCCGGGGACUUUGCGCCGGUCUUCACCCGCUACGGGAAGUGCUACACCUUCAAUGCGGGGCAGGACGGGAAGCCACGGCUCAUCACCAUGAAGGGGGGCACUGGCAAUGGCCUGGAGAUCAUGCUGGACAUCCAGCAGGACGAGUACCUGCCAGUGUGGGGGGAAACAGAUGAGACCUCGUUCGAAGCCGGGAUCAAGGUGCAGAUCCACAGCCAGGACGAGCCUCCUCUGAUCGACCAGCUGGGCUUCGGGGUGGCUCCCGGCUUCCAGACCUUUGUGUCCUGCCAGGAGCAGCGGCUCAUCUACCUGCCGCCUCCCUGGGGCGACUGCAAGGCCGUGGCGGGCGACUCGGAGUUCUACGACACCUACAGCAUCACGGCCUGUCGGAUCGACUGCGAGACCCGCUACCUGGUGGAGAACUGCAACUGCCGCAUGGUGCACAUGCCAGGCGAUGCCCCUUACUGCACCCCGGAGCAGUACAAGGAGUGCGCGGAUCCGGCCUUAGAUUUCCUGGUGGAGAAGGACAACGAGUACUGCAUCUGCGAGAUGCCCUGCAACAUGACCCGCUACGGCAAAGAGCUCUCCAUGGUCAAGAUCCCCAGCAAGGCCUCGGCCAAAUACCUGGCCAAGAAGUACAACAAGUCGGAGCAGUACAUCGGGGAGAACAUCCUGGUGCUGGAUAUCUUCUUUGAGGCCCUGAACUACGAGACAAUUGAGCAGAAGAAGGCGUACGAGGUGGCUGGUUUGCUGGGUGACAUCGGAGGCCAGAUGGGGCUGUUCAUCGGGGCCAGCAUCCUCACAGUGCUGGAGCUGUUUGACUACGCCUACGAGGUGAUAAAGCACCGGCUGUGCCGGCGGGGCAAGUGCCGCAAGAACCACAAGAGGAACAACACAGACAAGGGCGUUGCGCUGAGCAUGGACGACGUGAAGCGCCACAAUCCCUGUGAAAGCAUACGGGGGCACCCAGCAGGCAUGACGUACGCAGCCAACAUCCUACCUCACCACCCGGCCCGGGGUACCUUUGAGGACUUCACCUGCUAACCGACGUCUGGAUGUACAACCUGAGCUACCAAAGCCCUGCGAGAGCUGCCCUUCUCCCCGCCGGCGCCAGCGGAGAGACACAUCUAGGGGGCCUUUGCUCCUCGGCACGGUGGGACACGGACAAGAGCGACGGCCUCGGAUUUCGGGGCGGGCAGUGGGGUCGGGCAAUGCCAGACCCCGGCGCAGCCCCCGCGGCAGCUGCUCUGCGCCUGCUCUGCUCCUUCAGAGACUCCAGGACGCUCCAGCCCGGCCGUCCCGCGGAGCGGGAGCGACACGCACAGUGGGCCAGGGCACGGGCCUGCCCCGGCUCCCCCUUGGCUCCCCUCGGCCUUUUUAACUAAAACCCAGAAGCCAAGAAGAAGCAGCCGUUCGGCCGCAGUCUCCAUCCAUAGCCCUGUCCGUCUGUCCUCCGUCGUCUCCAUGCUCAUCCUACUCCAAUGCCUUGGCCGAGCUUGCCGGGCCCCCUGUGCCUGGUGGGGGGAUCAUCGGGGAGCCCCCGGUGUGCCCUGCCCAGGGCAGCAAGCUGGGAGUCCCCUGAGAGCGCCUCUGUCCCCCAGGACCGCAGCCCCGGCUCGCCCGGGAGCUCCCAGCACGAAGACGCAGCACCUCCACCUGUCCACAACGUCUUCCUUGGCCCCUGUCCCGGAAUCAGCCCUGGGAUCAGCCUCGGGAUCAACCCCGGGAUCAGCUCCGGGAUCAGUCCUGGGAUCAGUCCCGGGAUCAGUCCCGGGAUCAGCCCCGGGAUCAACCCCAGGAUCAACCCCGGGAUCAGCUCCGGGAUCAGCCCUGGGAUCAGCCCUGGGAUCAGUCCCGGGAUCAGCUCCGGGAUCAGCCCUGGGAUCAGCCCUGGGAUCAGCCCUGGGAUCAGUCCCGGGAUCAGCCCUGGGAUCAGUCCCGGGAUCAGUCCCGGGAGCACCGGAGGGGCUCAGCUGGGAGGUGCCACCUCAGCUCUGAGGACAUCGGCCACUGUCCCUCCCCGUCCACCCCUCCUGGGCUCUGGGCAGCCUGGCCAGUUCCAGCACUGCCCUGCAGCCCCCCCAUUCCCAGGUGACCCCAAACCCAGCCAUCCUUGGGGAGAAAGGCAGAAGGAAACCCCUGGCCCCACGUGGCCACCGCCCCCAGCCCGGCCCAGCCAGGGACACCCCCUUGGCACCACCGUGGCUGGGUGGGCACCGGAGCCCCAAACCCCCCGGGGGUCCUGGGGGGCUCUGGAGUUCAGCUCCAGCCCCGCUGAGCCCCGACAGCCGCUGCCCCGGGGGGGUUGGGGUGUCUGUGGGUUCCCAGGGCCACCACUGCCCCUUCCCUGGCACAGCCCUGCCCUGGCUGGGGUCCGUGGCCACUGGGUCGCUGCCCCCCGGGCCUGUCAGCGCCCACCACUCCCCUCUGGGGUCCCUGCUUGGCCCCCCAGCCCAUCUUCAAGCCCCCAGGCCAGAGCCCUCCCCGGGCCCAAGUGCUACUUAUCUUUAAGAGCUUUUGCAAUAAGUCUUUUUAGUAAUUUUUUUUUCUUUUUUCUAAACUGCAGUUUUGGGUUUUUAUUCUUGUCAUUUUUAUUCUUAUUAUUUGCUUCCUGACCAAAAUUAGGAACUGGGGGUCAGUCCUUUGUAUCCAGCAAUCACCCAAAGACGACGGGUCGGCCACAUCCAUAAAUUUUCUUAUGGAUUUCUCCUAACGUUUCAUCUCGUUUCAUUUAUUUAUUUUCUUUCUUUCUCUUUCCCAUUCAAGCUUUUAAAGAUGGGGCUGGGAUUUGACCUUGAGGCUCACCUGUUGAAGAAAACGCUUUUUUGUUGUUAUAUCAUCGGCAUUUUAUAUUUCUUAUAUAUAAUAUAUAUGACUAUAUAUAUAUGUGUACAUAUAUAUAUAUAUCUCUCUAUAUGCAUCAUGCCAGUGUAGAUACCCAUUCAGUAGAGUUUAGGCCUUGUUCUUGUGCCAUUUUUUUUUCUGUUACUGAUCUCUGAAUGCCUUCAAGUGUAUAAAGUGUGGAAUUCUCUCCGGUAUCUGUACUAUGUACACACAUUUUCAUAGGAAGCACAAUAAGAUGACAGAUGCAUUGUACAUCAAUACCUGCUACUCUUAACAACGAUGAUAUAAAGAAUGAUAUAAAUGAUA